GUCGCAGGCAGCCAUCUUGGAGGCGGGGAAGCGCGCGGGGAGUUCUGGUCUGCAUCUUCCUUGUCUGCUGCUACCAGCGGUGCUACACCCCGACUUCCCUGUCCCGCGCUGUGUAGACGCUGUGCAGGCGCUCGCCCGGGACUCCAGGUGAACGUCCUCCUGGCGCGGCGCGGGGACAAGUACAUUGUAAUUAAGGAAAAAUGAUGGAAGAGAGUGGAAUAGAGACAACACCACCUGGGACUCCUCCCCCGAACCCUGCGGGCCUGGUUACCACUGCUGUGUCUCCCAGCCCAGUUCCUUUAGCUGCGACCAGUUCUUUUCCCUCUGCGAACGUGUCCACUCUGGAGUCCUUGCCGCCGCACGCCUACUCGACCCCUCAGCCGUCCCUGGCGCCCGUCAGGCCCUCGGCACCCUUACCUUUUGUGCCUCCUUCCCCGGUUCCGUCUGUCCCCCCACUAGGGACUUCAGUGCCACCUCCUGUGUCCUCGGCGCCUGCUGCUGCCUUCAGUCAUGCUCCUCCGUUCCACUUCCCACCUUCAGCGUCUGCUCCCAGUGCCCUUCUACCCGCCCCCGCUCCGGGUCCGCCUACAUCAGGGUUUUCUGUUGGUGCGACCUACGACAUUACGAGGGGCCACGCCGGCAGAGCCCCGCAGACGCCCCUCAUGCCGUCCUUCUCCGCACCUCCGGUGACAGGUAUUUUGCCAACUCCCAUUACUCAGCAAGCCAGUUUGACAUCUGUGGCCCAGGGAACUGGAACCACAUCAGCCAUAACUUUCCCAGAGGAGCAAGAAGAUCCUAGAAUCAGUCAAGGCCAGGAUGAAGCAUCUGCUGGUGGAAUCUGGGGUUUUAUUAAGGGUGUGGCUGGGAAUCCUAUGGUGAAAUCUGUGCUUGAUAAGACGAAGCAUUCGGUUGAAAGUAUGAUUACAACGCUGGACCCUGGCAUGGCUCCAUAUAUCAAAUCUGGAGGUGAACUGGAUAUCGUUGUGACCUCAAACAAAGAAGUGAAAGUCGCUGCCGUCCGCGACGCCUUCCAGGAGGUCUUUGGCUUGGCUGUGGUUGUAGGGGAAGCUGGACAGUCCAACAUCGCCCCACAGCCCGUGGGCUACGCAGCGGGACUGAAGGGUGCCCAAGAGCGCAUAGACAGCUUGCGUCGAACUGGAGUGAUCCAUGAGAAGCAGACUGCUGUGUCAGUGGAAAACUUCAUCGCGGAGCUGCUGCCUGACAAGUGGUUUGACAUUGGCUGUUUGGUGGUUGAGGAUCCUGUGCACGGCAUUCAUCUGGAAGCAUUCACGCAGGCCACGCCAGUGCCUCUGGAAUUUGUACAGCAGGCUCAGAGCCUGACUCCCCAGGACUACAAUCUGAGGUGGUCGGGCCUUUUGGUGACAGUGGGUGAAGUCCUGGAAAAGAGUUUACUCAGCGUCAGCCGGACUGAUUGGCACAUGGCUUUCACCGGGGUGUCUCGUCGGCAGAUGAUCUACAGCGCAGCCAAGGCGGUCGCGGGCAUGUAUAAGCAGCGCCUGCCCCCUCGGACCGUGUGAGCGAGACCUGUCGGGGAGACUGAGACCUCCUCACUGGUACCUUCUGAAAUUGAAAGCCUCAACGAAUCCAGCUGUUUUGAUAAUUUUCCUGUAGCUGCAGUUUUGCUUUUUGUAGAAAGACAUGGCGUUCUUUUAAUCGGUAAAAAAAAACAGCAUCCUUUUUGUAGUCAUGUAAUUUCACGUCAUAGUUCUCAAAAAAGAAAAUAUACAAAUAUAUUUAUAGCACAAUUUAAUAUACCAAAUUUGUAAGGUGGAGAUUCAUGUGUAAAAACACUUAACCUCAUGAUAUGUACUUGAUUAUUUUGUUGCUUAAAGAAGAUGUGGUUCAUUAAAGAAAAUGUUUAUUGAUUAUUCUUUAAAA